UUAUGUUUGUGCAAGUUUUUCACGUUCUAGAUCGGCCACUUCCAAGUUCGUUCUAACCUUGUUAAAAGUAUUUGAUCAAAAUAUAUAAUAUGGAUCAUAAUUCAUAUUAUUUUGACACUCAUUAUCAAUAUGCUAAUACUGAUCAGGAACCAUCGAAUGAAAUAAACAUUCAAGAGAUUGAAGAGGUGGAUGGAGAUGGUAUAUUGAUUUCUUUAGUACAAAGUCACCCGUAUUUAUAUAAUAAGGAACUUACUGAUUUUAAGGAUAGCAUUAAAAAAGAAAAUGCUUGGAUAGAAAUAGCCAAGAUUUUAAACAUUACUAUCAAUGAUUGCCAAACCAGAUGGAUACGUCUGAGAGAGCGAUAUACGCGAGAAAAGAAGCAAAAAAAAGGAGAAACAACAACUGGAAGUGAAUCAUCAAAAUGAAAGGCCUUUGAAUAUUUUGAUAAUAUGCAGUUCUUAGAGCCAUUUAUUAGAAAGAGAAGAACGAUGACUAACUUACAGAUAAAAAGAGCGCCUCCAUCAGUAGGAUAUUCUAAUCUUCAAAGAAAUUAUAGCUCAAAUAACGGCAGACAAAAUAAGUUGUCUUGCAUGAAUGUGGCUGAUGAAAGUAACGACAACGACAUACAUAUAAAAAAUAUGCCCAGUAUGUCACUGCCAAAAUACACCAGUCUUCAAAAAAACUUUAGCUCAAAUGAUGACAAAGAAAAUAACUUACCUUGCAUGAACGUGACUACUUCUGAUGAAAGUAAUGACAAUAACGUACAUAUAAAAAGUAUGCCACUGGCAAGAUAUUACAGUCUUCAAAACUCAAAUGAUGACAAAGAAAAUAACUUGCCUUGCAUGAACAUAGCUACUUUAGAGAAAAACAACAACGAUGUAUGUGUGAAAAAUAUGCUACCGUCGGCAAGAUAUUCCAGCCAAAAAAACUUUGGCUCAAACGGCAACCAAAAUAACUUGUCUUCUGUGGCUACUUCGAUUGAACAGUCUCCAGCAGAUAUAAGCAAUGUAGAUUCAAGGCAGUAUGCAUUUAAAGAACUUUCACCCAAAUCUGGAAACAGUAGAAGAGCAGUGUCACAAAUUUUAUCACCCUCAACAGAAUUUCAAGAGCGUUCCACACGAAAAGAUGUUCAAACCAAAUCAAAAGGAAAAUCACAACCAGAUUUUUUACAAAAUGCAGUUUGUAAAGUAACCUCUUUAUUAGAGAACAGGUCUACGACAUCUUUAUUGUCAUCUUUUAAUUCAGAAAUACCAGAAGACGUCGCUUUUUGUCAGCUCAUAUUAUCAUUACUUAAAAAUAUGCUUCAAUCUGAAAAAACGCAAAAAAAGGAAAUAUUACGAAUCAUGUACGAUUUAUAA